UUUAUGUCGAUGGGAUUAAGGCCAGCUGCAUGGACUUUGACAAUGACUUCGUUUGGAUAGUCUAUGAUUGGGAAACUGGCAUUUUUGGGUUAGCCCGGCUCACCUCUAACCUCGCGGUGUAAACCAAUCCCACAGUGGAUUACUUCUGCAACGGACCAAUCACAGAGCAGAAAACUACCACGUCGCUCAGAUCAACGGGAACUAACAUGUCCGCCCCUAGUUGUGGAGCGAUGGGAUGAUUUGAGGACAUUAAUUCAGGACAAACCCAGACUUUUACAGCAAUGUUGGGCUUGUCGAUAAAAGAGGUCUCCGCCGCGCUCAGGGACGGACGCAUGUCCGCCACGCAGCUGUGCAGGACAUGUCUGGACCGCAUACAGGAGACGCGCUGUCUUAAUGCCUACAUCACAGUGACAGAGGACCUGGCCAUGAGACAGGCCCUGGAGGCAGACGGCAGGCUGAGCAUGGGUGCGUCUGGGUGCCAAACGUGCCAGCAGACCCGGUCAGAGGUGCAUCUGCGUAAACCUCUCGGUCCACUGGAUGGGAUUCCGUUCUCCGUUAAAGACAACUUCUGCACGAAGAGCAUAGAGACAACCUGCGGCUCUCGCAUGCUAAGAGGAUAUCGUCCUCCAUUCCAUGCCACGGUCGUCCAGAAGUUAUUGGACCAGGGUGCCGUGCUAUUAGGGAAAACCAAUUUAGACGAAUUUGCUAUGGGUGCAGGCAGUACAGACAGUGUAUUCGGCCCAGUGCGGAAUCCUUGGAGCUACGCUACACCAUACUGCACGUACCACAGCGAGGGGAAAGACCCGGAGUCUGAUUGGGUGAUCACGGGGGGCAGUUCUGGUGGAAGUGCGGCUUCCGUUGCAUCCUUGAGCAGCUUCCUGUCUCUGGGUUCUGAUACAGGAGGCUCCACGCGUAACCCUGGUUCUCUGUGCGGGGUGGUGGCCCUGAAACCCACCUAUGGUCUGCUGUCUCGCCACGGCCUUAUCCCUCUGGUCAACUCCAUGGACGUUCCAGGCAUCCUUACCAGAAACGUCCAGGACGCAGCCACAGUUCUGGGUGUUCUUCAGGGUCAAGAUGAAAAGGACUCCACCACAGUAAGCGUUCCCGACUCUCCCGCUUCGCUCCCCGAGGAUUUGGACAUCAGGGAUGUUUGUGUUGGAAUACCAAAGGAGUAUCAUGCCCCGGGCCUGUCCGCCGACACCCUGGCGCAGUGGGAUCGCGUAGCGGGCAUGUUCGAGCAGGCAGGGGCUCGUGUGAUGGAGGUGUCACUCCCGCACACGCAGCACUCCAUCGUCUGCUACCACGUGCUCUGCUGCAGCGAGGUGGCGUCCAACAUGGCGCGCUUCGAUGGCCUCCAGUACGGUCACCGCAGUGAGGUGGACAGCUCUACUGAAGCUCUGUACGCCACCACGCGACACGAAGGCUUCAACGAUGUUGUGAGGCGGAGGGUCCUCUCGGGAAACUACUUCCUGUUGAAACAGAGCCAUGAGCGCUACUUCGUGAAGGCACAACAGGUUCGACGUCUGAUCGCGGAGGAUUUUUGGCGCGUGUUCCGUGCAGGAGUCGACGUGCUUCUCACGCCUACCACCCUGGGGGACGCGGCACGCUACGCCGACUUCAUCCAGGAAGACAACCGCACACGCAGCGCUCAGGAAGAUGUUUUUACCCAGCCUGUCAACAUGGCAGGUCUCCCCGCUGUUACUGUGCCAACAGCCCUCUCAAGCCGGGGCCUUCCCAUCGGCCUACAGCUCAUUGGUCAGACCCUCCAGGACAGGAAGUUGCUGACAGUAGCUCAGUGGAUGGAGCAGAGGCUUGACUUCCCCAUCAUUUGUUUCCAUGAUGACACACAGGGUCAGGAUGGACAGACAGGGUCAAGAGAGAGAAUGCAAUUCAGGAUCAUAAAGGAUAAUACCAAGAGCCAUGCAGUAAUAAAAUGAACACAGGUUUGUUUCAGGACUGAUUUCCAUUGGGGAUGGUGCCUGUGUAACCUAUGAAACCAUGUUCAGUAAACAUCUCUGUUCAUGUACAGUCUGGGUGUCUGAACGCUGAAUUACUUCUAUGUUUCUCUGAUAACCUGUUCGGGUGGAGAAAGAGAGAAGACAUUGACUCAGUAAUCUGGUCCUGUAAACUACAGCGUGUCUCGGUCUUUAACAAAUGAGACAAAACAGGCUUUAUUUCUACUGUCUAAAGUUAUACCCUUGGCAUGGGCUCAUGUUUUGUGUGGAGCUGCUGAGCCCUGCGAUUGUUUCCUGAUUGGUUGAGGUGUGACAUUCUCCAAUCACGUGCAUUGCUUUUUUUAUUUUUCUUUCUUUCUUUGUUUUUUUAAUCAGAUACCCCAGAUCUGCAUCCUGAAGAUAUCUUCUGUAUCAGCUAGUUUACCAAGGGAUGUUGUAAUUGUAACAAAGUUAAUAAAAUACAAUGACAGAAGUCAUGAAAGAAAUUA